GUAGCAGAACAAGACUCGUGUGCAAGACAACAAAAGAAAUGGCACAGGCGUAAUUGCAUGCAUAAUUUGGGGCAAAUGCAACUCCACUUAUCCUACGCACCCUCCACUUAAAAAUUUACAAUAAAAUACCAACCCUAAACCCUCCUCAAGUCACAUUGCAGCUCCCACACCUGUACUCGUCUAGUCCUCUUUUCUCUUCCUGCUGCUCUUUUCAAGCGUUCAGCCAAUCAAUCCUCAGGGCUCAGGCUUCAGCUAGGAAUGGCGCUCCUUCCGUCCCUCUUCGCCUUUUUCAUUCUCUUCCUUUCUCUCUCCCACUCAGCACGCUGCACUACCGCCGCAUCAAGAUCCGGCACACCGGGAGAUCUAGUUCGUUCGUCAUGCAUCCACGCCAGCUAUCCAAACCUCUGCCUCCGCACGCUCUCCUCCUACACCGGCUCCACCAGGACUGCCAACGACCUCGCACGAGCGGCCGUAACCGUUAGUCUCUCCCGCGCUCGGGCCGUCUCCGGCUGCAUCGCCCGCCUCGCCAAGCUCCACGGCGGGAGCAAGAGGCAGCAAGGCGCACUGCGCGAUUGUGUGGAGCAGCUGUCGGACUCAGUGGACGAAUUGCGCGAGACGCUUGCGGAGCUCCGGCAUCUCAGACGUGGGUCGUUCAGGUGGCAGAUGAGCAAUGCGGAGACGUGGGUUAGUGCUGCCUUGACCAACGAGGAUACCUGUCUUGAUGGGUUUGAGAAGGUUGAUGGGAAGGUGAAGUUGGCUGUGAGGCGGAAGAUUAACAACGUAGCUAGGGUUACGAGUAACGCGCUCUACUUUAUCAAUCGUCUUGAUGAGUCUCAUGGACGGGCUCAGGCUGCCUUUGAUCCCUGAAAAGCACGGUUGAGAUUUCAAUCAUAAGUAUAUGACAGAUAAAAUAGCUGAGUCUGUGAGUGUGUUUUUUCGAUUGUGUUUAUAUAAAUAUUAUAUAGAAAUUGGGUUAUAGAGAAACAAUAGAUAGGCAUUAGACAAUGUAAUGUAAUGACAAUGAGUUGGUUAAUGUUGUUCCACUUCAAAUUGGGUAAGAUUUUGGAUGAUCAAGUGUAGCGGCAUUCAUUA